AUGGUGUACUGCGAACGAAAAGUCAAGAAAGAUGGCCCUAACCAAAAUCGGAUGUUUCACUGUUGUCCCAAGGAAGACGCUUGUGGUUUCUUUGAAUGGAAACAAACAGAUCCUUGUGUAAUCAAUACCGGCAUCGAGCUGUUCAGUAAUCCUCUACAAUACUGA